UCCGAUUGCGUAAGGUUUCCAGCUGCCGAGCCAGCCAUCUGCUUACAUUUGCUUAAAACGUUUUGUUCGUUAUUAUUUAUCAGUGAUUUUAAUAUGAAAUAAAGCGUGCAUGUAUAUGUUGUGCCGGAUAGGUUUAUGACAUUUCAGCGUUUUUGUUGAAUGGAUCUUCCUUCAUACCAUGUUCCAUGUUCACCUACAAUGAAGAUCGCAGUGUCCUCUGAAUCCUUACCUUGAAUAGGAUCUUGGUAAUUUAAACUGAUUACAAACUGCAUUGCUUUAACAGAGAUAUAAAAUGUUUUGUGUGAAGCACCAAACAGCCACAGAUUACUAAAAUGUUGGCCCGCAAAGGCCUUUUACCCGACGGAUACCUGUUGACGCGACUUGCUGAGGAUGCCACACAGCCCUGUCGCAUCCGGCCAAAGUCACAGCGGGCACGUUUCAUCACCAAGAGUGGGUCAUGUAAUGUUGCCCACAAAAACAUACGAGAACAGGGCCGAUUUCUCCAGGAUGUUUUCACAACUAUGGUGGACCUGAAAUGGCAACAUUCCCUUCUCAUCUUCACUUCAGCAUUCCUCUGCUCCUGGAUGCUCUUCGCCAUGGUGUGGUGGCUCAUGGCGUUCGCUCACGGUGACUUGGAACCUCGAGAUCCCAAUGAGCCUGGACCCGUGCCCUGUGUAACCUCCAUUCACUCCUUUACUUCCGCUUUUCUCUUUUCUAUUGAAGUGCAGGUGACUAUUGGUUUUGGGGGACGAAUGGUGACUGAGGAAUGCCCGUUUGCCAUCAUUGUCCUCAUCAUCCAGAACAUUCUGGGCCUGAUCAUCAAUGCCAUCAUGCUGGGCUGUGUGUUCAUGAAAACAGCUCAAGCCAACCGGCGAGCAGAGACCCUCAUCUUCUCCCGUAACGCUGUUAUCGCACCACGCAACGGCAGGCCCACGUUAAUGUUCCGUGUGGGGGAUUUGAGGAAAAGUAUGAUCAUCACGGCCACCAUACAGCUGCAGGUAAUUCGACGGACGGUGACGGCAGAAGGCGAGGUGAUUCCAGUCUGUCAGCUGGACAUUCAGGUGGAGAACCCACUCAGGAGCAACGGCAUAUUCCUCGUCUCUCCGCUUAUAAUCAGCCACACUAUUGAUAGAGGAAGCCCGCUGUAUGAAGUCUCGGCGCAGUCGCUCGCAACCCUAGAUCUGGAGAUCAUUGUCAUUUUGGAAGGUGUCGUGGAGACCACAGGUAUCACCAUGCAGGCACGCACAUCCUACACGCCCGAGGAGAUCCUGUGGGGUCGACGUUUCGUCUCCAUUAUGACCGAAGAAGACGGGCGUUACUCCGUCGACUACUCCAAAUUUGGGAACACCGUCCCCGUACGGAUGCCAGCUCUCAGCGCCAAAGAGCUGGACCAGACCAGGGGCAUCCAGGACAGCGGACCCCACGAGGGCAAACCUCAGGGAUGGGGGCUGGUGAGAGCGGGCCGAGGCGGGUACCGGAGGGGCGGCGGCAGGGCCUGCGACGAUGCGGCAGCUAAACCGUGGUACGUCACGGCUGAGAGGGAGGAGGACAAGGAGAAAAAGGGACAGAAGAAAAUAUUCAAACUUGAGGAGAUUGGCAGAGAGAUUGAAGAGGAGACAUUGGAAGAUAUGAGUGAUUAGAAAAACAUUUUGGGGGAUUCCUGAAACCUGGAAAUAGAAAUGACUGAAUAGAAAUUAGUAGUGACUGGUUCACGUAAUAGUCAAACAUAUGACCAACAUCAUGUCAAUACUAAACAUGUUUUGUAAACUGUCAAAACAUGGGCAACUACUGUAAUAUUUAUGACAAACCAGACAAUUUUGUCCUGUUUUGCCAGUAUCACCCAUAUGAGAAUCUGUCCGAAUUUAUUCAUCCUCAUGUCAAAUAUUUCUUUCUUUUGUGGAACACAAAAUAAGACAUUUUGUGGCCGUUUUUUUUUUUGUGGCACUUUUAUCAAAAGCGACAUACAAUGUUACAUUGUGUCUGAAUGGAGACCAACUUUUCGAGCACAAUAAAAUGAGAAUAAAAGUGUACUUUACAUCUCAUGUCCACUUAUAGGUCUUAAUGUGAGUAAAUUAUAACAGAUUUUUCAUUUUUGGGUGAACUGUUGCUUUAAUGAAUUUCAGUGUUUUAACAGAAAACGUGGACACUCUUUUUCAGGGUUUUUUGGCAAUGAUAGUUAAAUGUACGCUUAUCCUGUCGAAGCAAAUAUGUGCCAGCUUUUUUUUAUAUGUUUUGGUUUAAUACCACAAAACUAUUCUAUUUCUGUUUGUCUAAAGCGAUUGUCCUUUUGCUUUAAAUGUGUCUAUUGUAACUACGUGAUAACAUUGUGUGUGUUUACAUUUCAUUGUGGGCUUGUGCAAUUGUGUGACAUUUACCUCUCACAUCUCCUGUUUGUGUUCUCUCUUCGAAAUCUACUCUCAACUAUUUAAAGACAAUUCGGCGGUCCAUGUUGAUGUAAUUUUUUACACAUCAGUGUAAUUAUUUAUUUGUGUCUUAAGUACACAAUAAAGUGUUUGACUUUUUUAUCUGACUAAAGGAAGUCCUGGAGUUUACUUUCUGAAAAGCGAUGUGUUAUAUCACAGGAUUAGGAUUUAGCAGAUAACUGUACUGUAUAAGAUUAGAAAGAUCUCAUCUCCGUUUUAAAAGCGAUAUAGUAAUCUUUAUAAACUCACACAAAGACAUCUCAAAGACCAGACAUUGAAGCAAUUGAAAGGAAUCAGGAUUAUGUGUGGAACAUGCCCAAAUUUUUAUCACACCUCUUUCUUCUAUCUGGCACAUUCACUGACUUGGUGUUUUAUUAUCAAAU